AUGCAACAACCUCCACAAGACAUGUGGACUGCGGUGUGGCGCGUCGCACGAGGGGUCCUGAGCGCCCUGGGCUUCACGGCCCUGGGCACAGGUGUUGGUGCUGGGCUGGGCGGCGUCCUCGGCCGCCUCCUCGGUGCUGUCUUCACGUUUGGCACCUCGCUAGUGGCAGCGCCGUUGCUGGGAGCUCUUCUAGGUGGGGCUUUCGGUUGCUUCCACUGCAUCAGGUACUAUGCGGGCUGUUUAGAGAGCCUACUUCUGUACCAUCCACGCCGGUAUGUCGACAAGUCGUUUUUGGACAUCACCUGGGAUGUUGCAGAUGUGCGGUAUACUUUGGAACCGCUGGACUACGAUCUUCCCGGCUCCGGCACGCAGACGGUUUACCUUCUGAAGCCGUCUGGACCUGUCCGACGUCUUUGGGUCUUCUUUGGGGGGAAUGCCAUGCUGGCUGCUGACUGGCUAGCCUUCUGUGACCACAUCUUCACCGCCGUGGAUGCUGGGAAGGGGGAGACCGAGGUUGCUUUCCUUCUGGUCGACUACCCUGGCUACGGCCGUAACAAAGGUGAAACUUCCCCGGAGUCUGUGCUCAGGACCUCCGUGUUGGCCGUGGGAGCAGCCCUGCGGCAUCUUUCCGCUGAGGAUGUCUCUGUGCACCUCCUCGGACACUCCCUGGGGGCGGCUGCUGCCUCGCAGUUGGCAUCAUCCUGGGAUGCCUCGCUGCUACCUGCGGAGCUGAGACCGACACAAGAACCAGGGACGCUCUUGCUCUCUGCACCCUUCCUGGACAUCCCUGAGAUGGCAGCACAGCUGCUCCGUCUUGUGCUGCAGCGGCUACUGCCCGCCGGAUACUCGCUGUUGCUGGAGGUGGCACCAUUGCAAGAGGCGCAGCUGGAAAAGCUGCAGCCAGCGUGGCAGCGCUUUAGCGAUGCAGUGGCCAGGUAUGGGCGCCCGGCAUUGGUGGCGUUACUGCGGCCAAUUGUUCCGCACCGCUGGAACAAUGUCCGCGCCGUGAAGAAAGCGGCAGAGGCGGGCUGGAAGGUUCAUGUGCUCCACGGGGCUCAGGACGAGCUGAUACCGCCCGAGAUGGGUCGUCAGCUAGCAAGCCUCGCCUGUGAGGCUAUGGGCAGCAGCAGCCGCGUCUUUGAGGAAAUCCCGAGAGCAGGCCACAAUGACGUGGUGUCCAAGGGCUUCGAGUCCUAUGUGAAGGUCAUGGGCUUGCUGAGGAGCUGA